GAGAGAGAAAAUAUUAUGAUCAUCAUACUUGGCAUCAUGCAUAUUUAUAUCAUGCUUAGAAUAAUUUAUUUGAAGAACAAUUGGAAGAAUAAUGAAGACUGAUUCUUGAUUCUUAGACUACUUAUUUCAUACUUCCGAGGAAGGUCAUUCAUCACAAUGGAACAAUUAUUACAACAGUGGACAACAUCCUCCUCCUCAUCAAAAUUGGCAAGGACCUCCAUCAGGCCCACAUGGAAUGGACCAUGUUGUUAGGGUUCAACAAAACCCUAAUGGAGCAAGUGGUGUUUGGGGUGCACCACACCCUCUAAUGAAUAGUGGUGAAAUGAGUUCUAAUUACUCCUAUGGAAUGGGACCACCAGGUUCUAUGCAAUCUUCUCCAGGACUAUCUCUUACUCUUAAGGGUGGUACCUUUACUUAUGAAGAAUUGGCAUCUGCUACUAAAGGUUUUGCUAAUGAGAAUAUUAUAGGACAAGGUGGUUUUGGUUAUGUUCAUAAGGGAAUUUUGCCUACUGGAAAGGAAAUUGCUGUUAAAAGUUUAAAAGCGGGUAGUGGACAAGGCGAACGUGAGUUUCAAGCUGAGAUUGAUAUCAUUAGUCGUGUUCAUCAUCGUCAUCUUGUGUCGCUUGUUGGAUAUUGUGUUUCUGGUGGACAGAGAAUGUUGGUUUAUGAAUUUGUUCCAAAUAAAACUUUGGAAUAUCACCUUCAUGGAAAGGGUGUGCCUACCAUGGAUUGGCCUACUAGAAUGAGAAUUGCAUUAGGAUCUGCUAGAGGACUUGCUUACCUUCAUGAAGAUUGUAGUCCUCGCAUUAUCCACCGUGAUAUUAAGGCUGCUAAUGUUCUAAUUGAUGAUAGCUUCGAAGCUAAGGUGGCUGAUUUUGGAUUGGCUAAGUUGACUACCGAUACUAAUACACAUGUCUCAACUCGUGUCAUGGGAACAUUCGGGUAUAUGGCCCCAGAAUAUGCAUCAAGUGGAAAAUUGACAGAGAAAUCUGAUGUUUUUUCAUUUGGGGUUAUGCUAUUAGAACUCUUAACUGGAAAAAGACCUUUGGAUUUAACCAAUGCCAUGGACGAAAGCUUAGUUGAUUGGGCUCGACCACUUUUGAGUCGUGCAUUGGAGGAGGAUGGAAACUUUGCAGAAUUGGUGGAUCCAUUUUUGGAAGGAAAUUACGAUCAUCAAGAAAUGAUAAGAUUGGCAGCUUGUGCUGCUAGUAGCAUUCGUCAUUCUGCUAAAAAGCGUUCAAAAAUGAGCCAGAUAGUAAGAGCAUUAGAAGGAGAUGUAUCACUAGAAGACUUGAAGGAAAGCAUGAUAAAAUCUCCAGCGCCGCAGACCGGUGUUUAUACCACUACAGGAUCGGAAUAUGAUACAAUGCAAUACAAUGCAGAUAUGGCAAAGUUCAGAAAACAAAUAAUGUCAAGUCAAGAAUUUGAUUAGAAACAUGAAGCAACACUUCUUAGACAUAUAUAGCUGAAUCAAAUAUUAACAAUUCUUGAUAUGAAGUGUGGUGUUUUGUUAUAGAAAAUCGAGAAUGAAUAUGCUAGUUUUGGAGCACUAUUGGGGAAUUUAGAGUGUUUGAGAUUCACAUUUACA